AUGGGCUUCGUGCAAGCGCUCCUGCUGCUCGGCGCCGCCCUCGUGGCCCGCGCCGCCACUAUCGACAUAAUUGAGCUCCCGAGCUCGGUCCUCUCGGUCUUCAGCGACGAGGCUCUGAUGUUCGACACGGAGCGCAUUGAAAACAUAUUUGCGUUGCCCGACGACACGUACUCGGUGACAGCCGCACGCGUCGUCACCAACCAGCAGCUGCAGACAGUCUGCACCAAUUGCUCGGUUAACGAUGGCUUUCCCGCGCUCGCCGUACGGGCGCCAGCAUACGUCCUAUCGACGACCUCGACGUGGUUCGGUAUGCUACCAAGUCGCUCCACCGAUGUACCCGUCGAGUUGACGGUGCAGAUGAUGACGACAUCGUCCAUCACCAAUGCCACCCAACUGUAUCAGCGCAAGUUGACACUGGACAUUAUCAUCGUCACUGAACCACCAGUGUUGGCAGUAGCCGUCUCCAACCGGUCGGUGGCAUACGCGACGCCUGCCGUGUUGAACGUGACGGCGACCGGCGUCAGCGCAUCCGAAUCACUGGCCGUGCGUAUGCGCGUAUGGAACUGCUCGGGCGUUGCUUCGGUCGUGGUCACGAGCGGCGGCGACAUGCAACCGGUCAUGAUCGAUGCCGACACCCAUGACGACGCCGACACCGACACCGUGACGGACGUAUGCUUGUACGAGCUUUGGUCGGGACUGGGCGGCGUCAUGUCGGGCUCGAUGCAAGUGAACGUGACGGUUGCGGACGGCUUCUUUGGGUGGACGACCGUCGAAGUGACGGCAACGUCGACAACCCAUAGUGCAUCGUCGGCGACGGUGACGACAACGGCGUUGCAAUGGCUUCCCAACACGGCACCCAUGGAGAUCUUGCUCCCGACCACCCACCUGGAGAUAUUCGAGGACGAAGCGGUGUUCUUGGCUACCAGCGCCAUCACGAGUCCGAUCCAGCUCCCGGCCGAUUACGCCUUGACGCUACUCGAGGUCGUGACCAAUGGCGUGUGGAUCCAAGGCAUCUGUGGUCCGUGCGACAACACGAGUGCGAUGGGAGCCUUCACCAAGCAGUUUGACGGACACUGGUCGGGCAAUUACAACGGCGAGAUCGAGUUUUACGUGGACGUGGCAUUUGCGAGUCCGAUCUUGGGCCAUCGGCCGAUGCUUUACCGGCAACCGCACCAGGUCGACAUCAUCAGCGUUGCCACCGUGCCGCAACUGUCGCUUGCGCCGAUGAACACGACGAUCGACUACGGCAAGUCGGCGUCCAUUUGGGCCAGCGCGUCGAGCGACGACGCGUCAGAGGCGGUGCGCAUGGAGCUGCGUCCGCACGGUUGUGACAGCAACGCCAAUGUGACGGCGAACGGUGCACCGGUGCCUCUGACGUGGACCUCGGCGGGCGACUGUGUAUACGCCAUCAGUGACAUGGCCAAUGUGACUGGCAGCUCGGUGGUCGUGGCGACGAGUAUCGCGAUGCCGGUCGGUUUCUUUGGUCUGGCGUGGUUUGACGUCGUGGCGACAAGUACGGACGGGGCGGCGCGAGCCGAAAUUGCGAGUCCUGUGUCGUUCGUGUGGCUGCCGAACCCCGCCAUCGUGUACGAGGCAGCGGUGACGCGCCGCCUGGAGGUGUUUAAUGGCGUGGCAGUGGACGUCAGCUUGGACGACAUCCGGUCGCAGGUCAACGCGUCGAUGAACGACUAUGUGAACCUGGGCUUCGAGAUUCUGGCGUCGGAUGCACAUGCCACUGCGUCGGUGUUCACAGUGAGCCGUGGCAACGGCAUCACGGAGCUGUCGCUCAACGAGAGCCGCGGUUCGUUUGUGUUCACGGACUUUGCCGACGACGUGCGCGCGGGUGUGGUGCCGGUGGCUCACUUCCAUGGCCUGUUUCGUUCGUCUUGCGCGGGUGUGGCCGACGGCCGAGUUGCCCCUCUCGUCACGGCCAACUCGUCAAUUGUUGCCGGCGGCCUCGCGCAUCUCAACGUGUCGGCGCAAGUGUCGUAUUGGUUUGACCAAGCCAUCGACGACUUCAAGUUGCUGCUUCGCAUGCCGACCGAUGCGUGCAACGGCUUCGGGUGUGCGUACGACCUGACGUACUACAUUGCAUGGCAUGUGUCGAUGUCCGGGCCGGAGAAGGCGCUGCUGCAGAGUCCGCCUGUCGAGAUUGAGGUGCAAGCCAUCACGGGAUUUGCCGGCGCGAGCACCACCGUACCGACCGUGGUCGCUGAAGCCGUCGACACGGUGGUCGUGACGUGGCAACCGAGCAUGAGCACGAUUGAGCUGCUCCCAGUGGUGAUCGAGCGUUCGGCGUUUGCGUCGGAUGCCGUGCACCCGUCGAUGGCCGACAUCGAGGCGUGCAUCGGUGUCGAACUCUUGGGUCUGGGCUACUCGGUGUCGCGCUACACCGUGGCGACGACGGACCCGGGUGUGGCGUCUAUCGAUGUGAACGGCAUCCCGAUGCUGGCCGCAGCAACGGCGACGGGGCUGCAGUGG